GAGCGAGUGUGAGGUGUGCUUGUUUUGUCCAUGCAUGUUCAUAACUGUUUACCUUGAAUAUUUAUUAUACUGCCUUUGGGAAUAUAACAACCAUCACAUUCAUGGUUUAAGUCAUGCGCAUACAAUUGUAUGUCCAUUAAAAUUUGUCAUUCUUUCAACUUUGACACAAACACUGGCAACUGUCAGCUGAACCAUGCCACGUUAUCACCUGGAGGUCUUAACGCCAGUCACCUGGUGACAACACCUGAGUGUCUUCUGGGACAUCUCACAGUGGCCACAGACAAUUGCUGGAGCGUGCGCCAAUCACAACUGUUCAGUAAACCGUUUCUGUGAACCCCUUGGAAACGAUAGAUAUUACUGUAGCCGGCUUGCAUGAAUGGAGGCAGUGAUGGGAGCAGGUAGUAUCCUAGAUGGGAUAUUCCUUCUAUUGGUUCUUUCACAACAUCAUGCUGAUUCUACAAAAAUAUGUUCGAAGUCCAGUAACUUUCCGCUUCUUCAACAAAACAACAAACUACCCAACCACGAAAUUGCUUCAAUGACGACAGAGGGACCAGUGAAAUGCGCAUACAAUUGUAUGACCAUUAAAAUGUGUCAGUCUUUCAACUUUGACACCAACACUGGCAACUGUCAGCUGAACCAUGCCACGUUAUCACCUGGAGGUCUUAACGCCAGUCACCUGGUGACAACACCUGAGUUUGUCUUCUCAGACAUCUCACAAUGGCCACAGACAAUUGCUGGAGCGUGCGCCAAUCACAACUGUUCAGUAAACCGUUUCUGUGAACCCCUUGGAAACGAUAGAUAUACCUGUAGCCGGCUUGUGACACCAUCAUCAUGUGCAGAGGUCAAGGAAUGUGACCCCUCCAGCACAGAUGGAGAAUACUGGCUGCGUCUGCUGAACUUUGACCUGUACAGAACCCGGAUAUACUGCCACAACAUGAACACAGACACGCCCGUGGAGUACCUGACACUGCUCACUCCUAACUAUGGAAUUUAUCCGAAUGUGACAAACAUCGGUUGUAAUCAAGAAACAUCGCUAGUCCUCGACUGUAAAGGAAGAGGUGGUGAAGCCUUUUACCACAAAAUAAGAGUCCUUAUUGAGAACAUGGAGGUUGUUCGUAACGAAAAGACAUUUGCCGACUUCUCUAACUACAAGGAAAUAGUUUACGCCAAUGCUAUGGACUGUUACACUGCACACAAUGGUGGCGUUCUGAGAUCAUGUGGAACCAAGGGCGAGUUUACAGUGAACCUUACAGACACUGGGUGGAUUGUAGGACCAGACCAAGAAUGGGCAACAUCAGGAUGGCGUGCCAUAAUAGAAUCAAUAGAAAGAGAUGACACAGGAGCUGUUGUUCACAUGAAAUGUGGUGGUUACGCUGGAGGAUGUCAUCCGGCGGGUUCCUUGAUGCUCAAGCCUUACUACAAAACGGCCAUUCCGGAUUCUUCAGCCAAGGAAGUGACGUGCCCUCGCUGAUGCUGUAACCCAAAUACUCGUGUGCUUGUAUACAAGCAAGGAGUCAUGGAGGAUCGAUCGUUUAAAGUUCUUGGAUGAGGGAGAUAUUUGUUAGACACCCAAAAAAAUGUUUAUAGAACCUGAGUGAAAACAGAAUUUCCAGUACAUCGGGGAACAAUUGUAUUUGUUGAAUUGUAUUUAUUCAUGAGUAUUUUUGCACAUUGAGGGAAAAUACGUAUGUUUGACAAACCGUUCGUGUUAUUGUGUUUACCUGCACACUUGAAUAACUGUGGUUAACAGUUUGGUGUAUAUUUACAGUAUCAGUUGACGUAUACAGAUCCAUAUACGUCUUUGGUUGCUGUGACAGUAUUUUGCGCCUUGUGUGAAAUUGACACACUGUAUAUAUGAAAUUGAAGUAAUCAUUGAUUGCUAGAUUCAUAUAGGACGUAACUGUUGUGUUAGCAGACAGACAAUGUGGACUGCCAAUUAAUCGGAGCCUUGCCUCCCUUUUAGGACUGUCUGCACCGCUCGACAUGUCGUGUGGUUGGUGUGCACAUAAUUAAGAAUGAUUCGUAAUUCUUCGUAGCUCGUUAGAUGUUCUAAUUUUCCUAGUGCCCUUAUAUGUUCAUCAAUAUUCAUAAUUCCCGAUUCUUCAACUAGGGAAGAGAUAUUUCCUUGCCGAUGCAGUAACAGAUCAAUUUCGUGUACUUCAUAACAUUAUGAAUGUGUGGUUAUC